UCAUACAUUUCUUCAAUCUAUUCACACCUAUUCCAAUUCCAACUUUCACUUUUUCUCUCAAGUCUUCAGGCUCUUUCCUCUGCACCCUUUUGUUUGUUGCACUUCAACUAUGGCUAUCAGGAAAUCAAGCAAAUUGUCUCAGACUGCUGUAAUCAAGCAAAUUCUCAAGAGGUGCUCAAGCUUGGGAAAGAAACAAAGCUAUGAUGAUGAACAAGGGCUUCCUUUGGACGUCCCAAAAGGGCAUUUUGUUGUAUAUGUUGGAGAAAACAGAAGCAGAUACAUUGUCCCUAUUUCUUUUUUGACUCGUCCUGAGUUUCAAACCUUGCUUCACCAAGCUGAAGAAGAAUUCGGGUUUAAUCAUGACAUGGGUUUGACCAUUCCUUGUGAAGAAGACGUUUUUCAGUCACUAACAUCAAUGCUCAUGAGAUAAGCUAGAAGAGAUGAAAUGGAUGAUGAUCCAAAGGACUUCCGCUAGCUGCUAGCUUCUUGUUCGUUUUUGGAGAGAAACAGGCUAAAGAUGAAAGCUGCUUCAUUGCUUCUCUUUCUGAUUUUCUCUUUUAUUAUUAUUAUUAUUACCGGGUUUUUCUUUUGACUCUAACCCAACUAAGAAACCCAUAUCUAUAUUUCCAGGGUUUAGAUUUGUAAAUCUCUGAAAUUUUCCUCACUGUGGUGUGGUGCUGUAGUUACUACUGGCGUACCCUGUGAGAGAUCUGAUAUUAUUAAUGAAGUUUUUAAGUUUAUGAA